GUCUCGUCGACACGGGAUGGGCCACAUACCCACCUCCAGGAUAUCCGCCUUCUUACCUAGGAUCGUCUCUUCCAGCCUGCCCUUCCGCCCACGGUCCGCACGGGCAGAGUCACCUGAGUUCCGCCCUUCCUCCUGGUGCCCACAGGGACGUGGGCAUUUCGGAAGCUGCUGCUGCUGCUGCGUCUUCCAGCCACUUGAAUUUGUUGCCAGAACAACUUGGAGACGCCGCAGCGAGCCUAAGCCUUUCCAAAGACCUGUUGGGGGGAGGAGGCGGAGGGCAUCCAGUCCUCCCGCCGUCUUCCUCCGUGUCCACCACCCUGAGCAUGCUCAGCGGAGGAACCAGCGUCUUCGGAGGGAGCAACAACGUCCUCGGACCCUCUGGCAUCCUCGGAGGAAUGGGAGCCGGGAACGUAGACCUAUUGGCAGCAGCUGCGGCUGCCGCGUCGUCUGCGGCAGCAGCAGCAGCAGCUGGUCCGGGGGCGCACGGGAGUGGGAGCAGCUUGCAGAGUGCCGCCCACGGCGUGAAUGGGAGCGGGGCGGGGGCUUUGGGAGGGGGCGGGGCUGGGAUGUUAGGGGGUGGGCCUAACCUCUUGGGAGAGGCCCUGGUGUCUACUUGGCCCCGCCCAUGAUCCCGGCAGCAUCCCUCCUCUACUCGUCCUUGUGCUCCGUUCUUCCACACACGCCCACGACUCUCACCCCGCCCACGAACACGCCCACCAGGGAGGAUUUGAUAAGAGGAGCCGGUUCUUCCUCCUCCAGCCAGGGGCAUCACCAUCUUCCUCCCGCCCACUCGCUACCACCACCCUCAGGGUCUUUAGGAAGCCUCUCAGGGAACCACCCUAGGCCGCCCGACCCCGUCUGGCGGCCUUACUGACCACCACCGGGCGUGGUGGAGAAAGUGUAGGCGAAUGUUGGGGGGCUGGGGGAGAGGGGCCAAAAUGUUGGAGGAG